AUGGCCCUCACUGACGACCUGGGUCCUCUGAGCUGGAUCAUCUCUGUUUCUUUCUUUGCGAUAUGCGCCAUAUCAUUUGUCUUGCGCCUGUGUGCGCGUGUCUUCGUCGCCAGAGCAUUCACCUGGGAUGAUCGGCUCAUGGCAAUUGCUUUUGUGACACUCAUCGCUGAAAUGUACAUCUGCUGGGAAUGGCUUGUCUUGGGGGGUGGAAAGCACGUCAGAUUGGUCAGCUCCGAAAACUUGAGGAAGAUCAGACUGGUCCGUAAAUCUGCAGCAAUCGCCUUCCUUGAUUCUUCACUUACACGCAGCGCACAGUACGAGCUCAUCGAGCAGUUCUGCUAUCUUCUCGUCCACCUCUUCCUCAAGCUCUCCUUCCUUCUCUACUUCUAUCGCACCCUGUACACCCCACGACUCUCGACGGUCAUACGCAUCACCGCCGUCAUCGUCGCCGUCCAGACAGUGGCUUCGUGGAUCUUUUAUGCACUUCAGUGCCGACCCCUCGGCGCCUAUAUUGACCCAGAGGACUAUCCGGAUGCCACCUGUUAUCCUGACGGCAUCGCCUACUACGCGCCUGUCGCCGUCAACGUCGCCACCAUCGUCCUCAUCUACAUCCUCCCCAUCCCAACGCUCACCCAACGACCCCAUCAGGACAGACAAGCCAUCACGACCCCCCCUCCCCCGCGAUCCAACACCGCCCCAACACCAAGCAAUUACGCCAGCGACCCAGAACGACACCCGUCAGAAACCCAACCCCGACCCUCCUCCUCCUCCCCCUCCUCCUCCCCUCGCAACAGCAGCAACAGCAACAGCAACAACAGCAGCACCACCGGCAGCACCCUCGCCCUCUUCCUCCUCGCCGGCGCCGGCGUCGUCGUGUCGGGCCUGCGCGUCGUCGCCCAGUACCAGCAAGCCGCCACCACGACCAGCGCGUCCUACUCGCACCCCUCGUCCAACGACCGCACCUACAACCUCGCCCUGCUGGCCAUGGCGACCGCCGUCGAGUUCGCCGUCUACGUGCUGGUGGGCAACGCGCCCGCCGUGCGCGCCUUGCUGCUGUCGCUGCUGCCGCUGCUGAGGAGGAGGAGGGGGGGAGGGUGGGGAGCUGGGAGGCGGGGGGGAUGUGGUGAUGGGCAGGAGGGGGAUGGGGAUGAGGAUGGGUUGUGGGGGGAGGAAGGAGGUGAAGGCGGCGGGAAGAUUACCAUCACGUCGAGGGUUAGCAUUUCGAUUACGGAGGCGCUGAGGGUCAGGGACGGCCCUGCGUAUUAUCCGCGGAAGUACUUCAAGUUCGCGCGGCCCGGGGCGCAGAGCCCGACGCCGAAUUUUUUGAAGGAGGUGUGA